UAUUGUGACUUCUCUGUUUCUGUUUUGUUGAUGCGCUUGUUUUCAAAACUGCAUUGGCAUGUUGGUACACGUGGUGCUUUCGUGAACUUGUGAGCUUGCCGUGCGUGAAGCUCUGAAACAUGGAAAAGACAGAGUACCUCUCAAGUUGCGCCCGCUUUCUUUCAGAGUUCUCUUGGAUCUACAAUGCUCGUAUGACAGACUUGCUCAUUGCCGGCACACUGGACGCGGUACCUGCUGAGUGGGUGAACCACCUAGAGAAGCUUUCUGGUGAAGAACUUGGCAAGGUGCCCUUUGGACUAAUCAAGAGUGAUUGGCCUUCCAGCCUUCAGUCUUUUGUAUCUCGUGCUGUGAAACUGGGGGAAGCUCGCUUUCUGGAGCCACCUUCUGAGCUGGUUUCAAAGAAGACAGUGCUGCCCCCUGCUUGGCGCCAAGGCCUAACACCCAAGAAGCAGCUGGAACUGGAGUGGCUUGCCACUCUGGUGGCAGACACUUGCAUCGCAGCACAAUGCGGAAGGGUCCUAGAUGUUGGUGCUGGUGUGGGCCACUUGGCAAGGGUGCUACACCACAGAUAUGGGUUCACAGUUCUUGGCAUCGACUGUGACGCUUCCCACUUGCCCAAGGCCCAAGAGCGCCUCCGAAAUUCUGGCUGCACUGAGAAUGUUCACUACUUCACACUCCAAGUGGAUGAUAGUGCAGCCACAGUGGAGAAGGUGCACCACCUGCUAAGAAACUGCCCAGACCAUGUCCCCUGUGCCUGCGGUGAAGAGUACAAGUUCGUCAAAGAGCUCACCACAAAGAACCGUUAUGUCCUGGUGUCACUGCAUGGCUGCGGCCAACUGAGUCCUGGCUUAAUGCGGCUGUUUCAUGCACUGCCAGAGCUUGAAGCCUUGGUGUGUAUUGGAUGUUGCUACCACAAGGCUACCCAGCUAGAUAACUACUUCCCUCUGAGCCAUGAGCUGACCAGCUUGGGAGACCAGUGGCUCAGCCGUGGCGUUCAAUACCAGGGACUACGCCUAGCUUGUCAGGAAUUGCGGGACAGCUGGGAACCUGACCGGGAACCACGACAUCUACUCUUCAGGGCCUUACUGGAAGUUGCAUGCCAAAAGCAUGGUCUUCCAUGGAAGAAGUCACGGCGCCACAUGGCCAGGCAUUCACAGCUGUCUUCCUGGGAUGCUUAUCGAGAGCACGUCAUGCAAGAUGUCCACUGCCACACAAGUGAAGAACGUGACACGUGGUGCAGCAUCCUCAACAGACUGCAUGCCAGGCACCAGCACCAGCUUUCAGCAGUCCGUACGCUCACGCUCCUCCGGCAGCUGCUGCAGCCUUGUUGGGAAGGUAUCGUGCUCGGUGACUGGGCGUGCUGGAGUGGGGCUCAGCUGGUGGCUGCCUUCCCGUCUGCCGGCUCUUCGCCACGCAACAUUGCCCUGCUCCUGGCUCGCCAGCCUCCGCCACAUUAG